AUGGCAGAUUCCAAUUUAGAGAUGCAAAAUGAAGAUUUCUUCUUAUCUCCGAAAUCAUCCAGCAUAUUUAACAAUGCUCAAUUGUUAGAUUCAUUAGACCUCAUGUUAUCUGCAUCGCCCGAGGGCUGGUCGAAAUCGUUUAUAAAUCAAGAUAAAGUUUUAUUAGAUGACACACCAGAACCCGAAUGGCCAAUAAUCGAUGAAGAACCAUCUAACAACUUAGUUGGAACCAACGUCAGAACCAACGGUCCAACCGAUUUCAUGCAAUGCAAACUGGAUGAGCUGUUGCUUAACGUGACGGAUAUAUUGCAGUCGCCCUGCAGAAAUGAUAGGCAAACAUUGGAAGCGAUCGAUUUGUUGCACGAUAUGGAGGACAUAUUGAACGAAUCACUGAGAAGUCCGCGUGACGAUUCGGGCCAUUCUUCUCUUUUGGAAGAGGACACCAAGAAGACACUAUCGCAAUCUCUUCAAAUCGAGCAUAACAUCAAGAAGAAAUCUCCUACCGCACCCAAAGGGAACACAUCUUUAACUUCUUCGAAGUCUGUUGGAACUCGAUUGGUUAAAUCUAAUAAUUAUAAGGGUACUAUACCUAAAAUCGUAUUAAGCGGUACACAACUUACACCUGGUAUUCCAAAAAAGAUGUGCACGAGUACACCUAAAAUGCCGAAACCGUCUCUUGCACCUCGAAUUGUCCAACUGGGAUCUAUCACGAAUAAAACUAGUGUAUCGUCGAAAUUGCCUAGAAGGAAGAGUAUUAGCGAAGGAACCAGCAUGAACACCCAAGUUAGAAAGCGCUGUAAUUCUGUGUCCCUGCACAAAGAUACUUCCUCCAAAAUUGGAAAUAUCUUAUCGAAAACUUUAUCAUCAGACAAUUCCGCAGGAAAGGAGAAAAACUCUCAAAAAAUAUUGUAUUUUCAGUUUUGCUCCACGGCCAGCAGGAAGAAAUAA